ACAAAUAUUCAACAUGGUUUUCAUAUUUUUAUUAUGGGUUGGGUUUUUGUUCUUCCCUGAGACAAUUACAACGGAUCAGUAUGACUAUAUUGUUGUUGGUUCUGGUGCUGCCGGUUCAGUUAUAGCUAACAGAUUAUCUAAGGACACUUCUAACAGGGUUCUUUUACUGGAAGCCGGAGAGAAACCUAAUAUAGCGAGUGAGAUUUAUGCUUUUAGUUUAGGCUCAACCAAUGCAAGAUAUAAUUGGAAUUACACGUCGAUUCCCCUUAAACGAAAUGGGCAAGGAUUACGAGGAAGACGACUUUCGGCAGCAGCCGGUAGAGUUUUGGGAGGUUCUGCUUCCAUAAAUGCCGGUCUCUAUUUUCGAGGUAACAGACGUGACUACGAUAAUUGGGCUAAAAAUGGUGCUAUCGGUUGGGACUGGAAAAACGUUUAUCCUUAUUUCUUAAAGAUGGAAGACAAUCGAGAUAUUGGGAUUAUUGAGAAAGGUUAUCAUGGUGUUGGUGGAGAAUUAGUUGUUCAAUUUCCUCCUUUUCACACUGCAUUAAAAAAUGCCUAUAAAGAAGCAGCGGAAAGCAUUGGUUAUCCGUAUGGAGAUUAUAAUGCAGAGCAUCAAACUGUGUUUAUGCAGCCACAAGGUGCAAUUAAUCGAGGAGUAAGAUGGAGUGCAGUUCGAGGAUUUAUCGACACUAUCAUAGGAAGGAGGAAUUUUCAAUUGAUAACUUCAGCAUUUGCAACUAAAAUAUUAAUUAACGAAGAUAAUAGGGCUUAUGGUGUUUCAUUCGAUCACGAUGGAAAAAAACUCACGGCAGUUGCAAGAAAGGAAGUGAUAAUAUGUGCAGGAACUUUGAAUUCUCCUAAAUUGCUUAUGCUCUCGGGAAUUGGACCGAAAAAUCUUCUGCAUAAGCUACAUAUACCAGUGAAAAUGGAUCUUCCCGUUGGAAAGAAUCUUCAAGAUCAUGCUUCAACUACAGCAUUACAAUUUCUUGUUGACUCUUAUACGUUUUCGGAACAUCGAACUACUAAAGAAGAUUACCAAGAACUUCUAAUUAACGGAACCGGCCCUCUAACGACCCUUGGAGGAGUCGAAUCGAGUGGUUUUAUCAGCACAGAAUAUAACAAUAAUAAAAAUUGGCCGGAUGUAAUUAUAUUUUGGAUAACUUCAAGGAUUCAAAAUGCAUUUUCAAACGCUAAUGAUGAUAUACAGAAAAUAUACGAGAAAUUUCGCAAUCAGGAUAUCAUUUCAUGUGUACCUUACGUUGCUCGGCCUAAAAGUCGAGGAGUUUUGACAUUGAAAUCCAAUGAUCCAUAUGAAAAACCUCUAAUCGAUUUCAAUAUCUUUUCUGAUCCCUAUGACUUGAAAGCUCUUGUGGAAGGUUUGAACCAUUGCUUAAAAAUGACGGCUACAGUAUCUAUGAAGAAGUUUGGUAUCAAACCCCUUCCAUAUAUUAUGCCUGGAUGCGAACAUUAUAGGAGAUUCAGCGAUGAUUAUCUGUCUUGUAUGGCUUCUGUUUUACCUCUUUCGGGACUCCAUUUUGUUGGAACGUGCAAAAUGGGUAGCUCCGAUGAUCCUACUUCAGUAGUUGAUCCAACUCUCAAGGUUAAAGGAAUCCAGGGACUAAGAGUUGUGGACGCAUCGAUCAUUCCUUCGUUGAUUGGGGCCACCACGAUGGCUCCUACUAUGAUGAUAGCCGAGAAAGCAGCAUACAUGAUACUUCACAAUUUAUAA